ACUAGAAGCCUGCACUGUUUUGAGAGGGAGAUGACUUAAGUGGCCAGCUUUUUAUCUCCACAACGAUGUCUAUGAACAAUUCCAAACAGCCAGUGUCUCCUGAAGCUGGGCUCCUUUCAAAUACAACUUGCCAGACGGAAAACCGGGUUUCAGUAUUUUUUUCAGUAAUCUUCAUGACAGUGGGAAUCUUAUCAAACAGCCUUGCCAUUGCUAUUCUCAUGAAGGCCUAUCAGAGAUUUAGACAGAAGUCCAAGGCAUCAUUUCUGCUUUUCGCUAGUGCCCUGGUAAUCACAGACUUCUUUGGCCACCUCAUCAAUGGAGCUAUAGCAGUCUUUGUAUACGCUUCUGAUAAAGAGUGGAUCCGCUUUGACCAGUCGAACAUCCUUUGCAGUAUUUUUGGUAUCUGCAUGGUAUUCUCUGGUCUGUGCCCACUUUUUCUAGGCAGCGUGAUGGCCAUUGAGCGAUGUAUUGGAGUCACCAAACCAAUAUUUCAUUCAACGAAAAUUACAUCCAAACAUGUGAAAAUGAUGUUGAGUGGAGUGUGCUUGUUUGCUGUUUUCAUAGCUUUGCUACCCAUCCUUGGGCAUCGAAACUAUAAAAUCCAAGCAUCGAAGACCUGGUGUUUCUACAAAACAGAACACGUCAAAGACUGGGAAGAUAGGUUUUAUCUUCUACUCUUUUCUUUUCUGGGGCUCUUAGCCCUUGGCGUUUCAUUCCUGUGCAAUGCCAUCACGGGAAUUACACUUUUAAGAGUUAAAUUUAAAAGUCAGCACAGACAAGGCAGGUCUCAUCAUUUUGAAAUGGUCAUCCAGCUCCUGGCUAUAAUGUGUGUCUCCUGCAUUUGCUGGAGUCCAUUUCUGGUGACAAUGGCCAACAUUGGAAUAAAUGGAAAUCAUUCUCUGGAGACCUGUGAAACCACGCUUUUUGCUCUUCGAAUGGCAAUGAAUCAAAUUUUAGAUCCCUGGGUGUAUAUUCUGCUACGGAAGGCAGUCCUAGGAACUCUACAAACUGCCAGACGCUGCUGUGGAGUGCAUAUCAUCAGCCUGCAUGUUUGGGAGCUCAGCUCCAUUAAAAAUUCCUUAAAGGUUGCUGCUAUUUCUGAGUCACCAGUUGCAGAGAAAACAAAUCAGCGAGCACCUAGUUAAUAGAACAGUAAGUCAGUGUAGGUCUAGACAAAAUUAAAAGCGUCGUCAGUAUUUCAGUUAAUUGGCUAGAAAUAGAAAGCCUAACUGGGAAAUUCAGACCUCAGCAGUUAGUUUGGGGGCACUUUUGUCAGGCUUGGCUUUUGAAAUUUGUUAAAUGAACUGUAUAAUUACAUCUUUCCACUUGUUUUUGUCAACUGGAGGUAAACACGAUGGGAUAAUUCCAUGGGGGAGUCAAAUUGAAAAAAAAUUGAGCUUAUUUAUGUUAUUUUACACUUUGGAAUGAGUGACUGUGUUGAAACCUAAAGCAUUGACUCAGCCUAUCUGACAAAGAACAUCUCAAUACUUACCUUCACAGUGAAAUGGCUGAUUUGGGGGUCACUGCUCUGCAACUGUUCCUUAUAAACGAGGCUCAAUGAAGGGGAGCACCCUCGCUGUUUGAUCUGGUCUGUUACACCCCUCAUUAUGUUGCUUCUAUCUAUAUAUGUAUGGUCAUGUCACAUGGGAGUCACUGUGGCUUAUAGUUAUAAUGACCUCUCUUACACCAGGUGUGGCUGUCAGGUUGCCUGACUUGGCGAGCCUCUAUAGAAUGACCUAUCCUUGACAAACAUGACUGCUUGCAUGUUUUACUAUGGAGGUAAAUUGUUGUUUGAAGGUUUUUGUUUUGUUUUGUUUUGUUUUUUGUUUUCUGGGUUUUUUUUUUUUUUGGCAAGCUAUAGAUUUGCACGGUUUUCAAGCAAUCUCCUUUUUCUCUGAAAAUUCUAGUGCACAGUAAGUAGUUUUUAGAGAAACAAAGGCUCUAUGUCAGCACAUAAACAGGUAAUUUGCAGUGUAGCAGAUCCUAAGAAACUCUGCCCAGUGAAGUACAAAGAAUGUUGGCAAAGGAGCUCUACUUUGAGCUCUCAUUUUUGUAUCAGAGAACAAGAAACACAAUCCUGGGAACUGAGGCACGAGGAAGCAAAAUUUCAUCCUUCCUCCUCAUGCUGGAUAGGAUGCUGUAGCAAACACAUCCAUGUGUUGUGACUCAGGAUUCCAGGCCUCUCUCCUUAAGGCUUCUAAGUAAAUGGCAUAAUGGUUGCUCUAUUGCCAUGAUGUACCCUGGCCAUGUGUAUCUGUAUUGAAGAGAAUUUGUGACAUUACCAUAUGUGGGAAUGCAUGGGUGUGGAAGGUGUUAGAAAUGACAGGUGAGUCACUCUCUGCAUAUCCUGGAAGGAUUAUGUGUAUUAUCUGAGUGUAGGUUUAGGGCAACUAAGUUGGUUUUAUAUGUUUAAACCCAAGAAAUAGACACCAAAAACUGAAAAAGAAAAAAAUAAAAGAAUAUGCAUUUACAUUGUUUUAGGCUUUUUGUUCAAGGAAAAUGAAAUAAAGUGAACACGAUUAUGCAUAUAUCUGAUUUCAGAAUUUUAUCCCUGUUAUUAAUAUAUUUCAGUGGAGUUUGGCAUCCUAAGUUGAAUAAUAGAGUGUAGCAUCCAUCGAUAACUUUCAUAUAAAGUUUAAUGUGAAAGUACAUUUAUUAAGAUGAGUGGAAAUAAAUAGCACAAAUAGUGGUCAACAGGUUAACCAAUUUUGAAAUUUUAAGCUCUGUUUAAACUUAUAAAAUGUAUAACUUAAAAUGUAUAAUUAGAUUACCAGAAUAACUGACUUUCCCUUCUCAUUGGUAAAGUAGUAUCGAGCAACUUCACAUAAUAUUUGAUUUUAUUAUUUUUGGGAAAUUAUUUUAUUCUG